AGAAAAGAGAAGAAGAAGAAGACAGAACCGUGUUUGUAGAGCAGAGCAGAGCACACGCGUCGGUUUCCCUUUCCCCCUUCGCAAGAAAUGUUUUUUGUUUAAAAAUAAAUUUUUGCUCCUAAAGCAGUGGGAAAUUGAAAAACAAGAGGAAUUCUGAAAUUCAGAAUUGGAUUUCAGGGUAAUUUCUGACUCGAUCUCAGUAUCAUUUCUGAUACGCUUAGGGUUCCAAAUCAAGGGGCUUUAGGGUUUUUGUUAAAGAUGGCUUCCUCUGAUGAUGCUCUGAGGCAGCAAUUGUUGGAUCUCCAGAAACAGCUUUCUAAGAAACAAGCCUUCGAAGGGGCUGUCUUCUCCAUCAAAUCUCUGUUUCAGGAGCGAUACCCCUCCGCCUCCCCUUCUCUCCAGAACUUGUUUUUCUCUGUCAUAAGCCGGGUUGGCACGGUUUUAAAGACUAGAUACACAGCACCUGGCUUCUGGCUUGCGGGGCUUAAGCUUUUUGAGCAAGCUGAACGUCUAGUAUCUGAUUCUUCUGAGAGGGAACACUUGAAGAGUUGCAUUGCCGGGGCUAGGGAACAGUUGCAUGAACCAGAGAAUCAGCCUGGGGCUUUAGAAUCAACUCAAGAUAGAGCAAAUAGAGGAUAUCUUUUCGAGGGGCACCUCACUGUGGAUCGUGAGCCCCCACAGCCUGACUGGCUGGUGCAAUCAAACCUUUUAUCAACUGCCGCCUCACUUUUUACAGCGGAAUCUUCCCAAGGUCAUGCAGAUGAUAAUAACAUAUCAGAAAGUGCUGCCAAUAUACUUCAAGAACUGAUAGCAAGCUACGAGAAUAUAGUGCCAGAGAUUCUAGAGAAUGGUGGUGUUGCUCCAAGGGCACCACCUGCCAGUAAAGAGGUGGUGGCAAAGCUUCCUGUUAUAACUGUUACAGAUGAUGUCCAGACCAAGCUUGGAAAAGAAGCAGAAUGUGCUAUUUGCAAGGAGAAUUUUGUUGAAGGCGACAGUAUGCAAGAGUUGCCUUGCAAACACAUGUUUCACCCUCCAUGUCUAAAGCCAUGGCUGGAUGAGCACAAUUCUUGUCCAAUCUGCCGACAUGAGCUGCAAACCGAUGAUCAUGCCUAUGAGAGCUGGAAGGAGCGGGAAAAGGAGGCUGAAGAAGAGAGAAAAGGGGCUGCAAAUGCUGUUCGUGGUGGUGAAUUCAUGUAUGUCUAAAAUGACUGAUCGGAAAAAUUAGUUCAUGUGUUCACUAUUGUAAAACAUGUUUGGCAACUUCAAAAAAAUAAAAUAAAAAUUAAUGAUGUCACUUCCUUUGCCCAACAAUGUUUUGAGGAGGAACACACUAUCGCUUUAUUUAUUUAGUAUAUGUAUUCUUUGGUCUGCUCUCAAUUUAGAUUGCUGAACUCCUUGUUCAUGUAUUUGUGUGGCUAGGAAGUCAUGUGGUUUUGUUGAUUUUAA